AUGGAAGCUAGAAGGUCUUGAGAAGUUGUUCAGAAGGUAGUUGGAAGGUCCUUUGAAGGUAUCAGGCUGUCCAAUAAUGUCCGAAAUUUUUCAAAAUUCUAUAAUUUUCCUUAGAAGUGGUAUAAUAUCAGGUAAGUGCAAGAACCUUCUAGAAGGUUCUCCAGUGUUCCACGCUAGGGGUAUAUAAGGCGCAGUCGCAGCGUCUGGCUACCAGUAGAAACUAAAAGGGACUAAGGUCGAAUCGUACGUUCGUGUACAACGAGCUGCUGCUGGGCAACGACACGGGCAUCGCGGUCGCCAACAUCUGCAGAGCGUGCAAGGAGGAUGCAGUGUCCCAAUGCACAGUCAGGCGUUGCUUUAAUCGUUUCGAAAACGGCUACAGGAGCCUCGAGAGCAGGGAGCCCAGCGAGAGGCCUUAUAGAGAUGAUGACGAAUUCCGUCGCUGUAUCAAAGGGAAGCCGGAAGCUACCAUCCGUGAACUGACGAAGUCGCUCGGCUGCAACAGGUCCACCAUCCAGAAUCGACUCAACUUACCCGGCUACCACAAAGUUCUGCCCUGUUGGAUCUCGACCGUCUGACGAACGCCAACAAGCAGAGCCGAAUGGGGCCGUCUGCCAGUUUCUCCUCUUCGUCCGCAUUGCAAGGAGUUUCUCGAGGACUUGGUCACGGAGGUGGGAGCUGGGUCCUCUACGACAACGUCGCCCGCCGUGCUGUCUGGAUCCCGCGCGACGAAGAGCCGCCGACAACGCCGAAAGCCGACCUGCUCCCGCUGAAGAUCAUGCUCUGCUGCUGGUGGACGCCAAAGGCAUGCUGUACUUCGAGCUGCUCCCGCAAGGCAGGAUGGUCACAGCCUCUACCUACACCGAUCAGCUCGAGGAACUAGCUGGCGGCAUCGGAGAAAAGCGUCCCCGACGUGCCUUGGUCUACCUUCUGCCCGACAACGCGCGCCCCCACGUAGAGAAGGAGACCCAGCAGAAGUUGGCGACGCUCGGCUGUGAGACGGUUUCCGGACCUCGCCCCCUCCGACUACAACUUGUUCCGUCCGCUCGAGCACCAUUUGGCCGGAAGAAGAUUCACUAA